GGCAACUUAAUUAAAUACUAGCCACCUGAUGACGAUGAUUGGUACCGUAUUGCUAUCAUGCGUCAGCAUCUGGUUGGUUUCGACGUCGGCGGCGGAGGAAGAAGGCGUUUACAAGUGCAGCCCCGAUAAGAUAAAGAACGGGGACCCGAUCGCCGGCGCGAUUGCCCACCUUGCCCAGGAUCUGCUGAAUUCAGGCCCGACCCUCAAAACGGACCCGGGGAAAAUCUUCUGCUAUGAGAAUACAUACGAAGGUGAGAAAUCUUUUGCCACGGCUUAUGGUUCAGCGUCUUGUCAGUUCCACGACAGUCCCAAUUGCGCAGCUUGCCUUGAAGAUGCGCUGCAGGGGUUGUCCGUUAGCUGUCCCGAUAGAGUUGGGGCGCAAAUCACUCUCACCGACUGUUUCAUGAGGUUCGAGAACUAUAGAUACUGCGACUGAUGAUGGUUGCGGUUAAGUCUCAGUUGGGCAAUUCUCCGUUUUCUCUUGUGUGGUGGUGAUUUGCUUCUCUGUUCUGGUUGGAUGUGUGAUAUUAUGCAUGGAAGGUCUUGCAAUAAGCUUGGUUUGCUAAGGAGCAAGCAUGGAUGUGACUAGUCAAUGAUGAUAAGUUGUGGUGUUGUUUGUUAGUUGGAACUUUUGUAUUUCUUACUUGAAUGAUGGAUAGAAAUGAAAUAAAAUUUGGGUUCAUGUAUGAUAUCGGUAACAUGCUUAAUUAUAUGAAAUUAAGUCGUAUAUGCUGGAACGUGACUCACAAUAUAAUUUUCUCUUAUCUCCUUACACACAUACUCAUAUUUUCGUGACGAGAACAUAUACUCGGCUAAAGUUAGUAGUUGGCAUCAUGCUAAUCAUAAUGAGAUAAGAGGUAAGAUUACAUAAAGAAAAUUAGAAUUAACCGCUAAUUGUUUUUUUUAAAUAAAAUAUUUUUCUCUUUCUAAUUCUCUUUUCCAUGACUGAUGGUACUACAACUGCAACAUGAAUGACUACGAUUGCACUUGUAACUUUGACGAUAACUCCGACUCGACGACUCUAUCUCUAGCGUCUUACUAGUGCCACAACAACUAAACGAUGCACAGUCUC